GUCCGUCUCUGUCUGAUUUUUUUUAUUUGUUGUCUGGGUGAAUGAGGGCUGCUCAUCAGGAAGUAUCCAGCGGGCGAAAGUUUAAAAAUGACUACCAAACAUUUCGGCCCCGGUCACGUCUUGCUGUGCUCUGCACGACAAAGAACAGGCCAAGGCGGACGCGAAUUGCAUUGGAUUUGCAGUGAGAAUGUAUUCAAGGGACACAUAUAUACCUGAAUAGGUUAACUACUGAAGAUGGACGGAGACAGCUCAACCACUGACGCCUCCCAGCUGGGCAUCACUGGAGAAUACAUGGCUUCCAGUCACUAUGUUCUCCAGUCUCAAGAAGAUGAUGGUGAGGAGAAUCUGAAUGACCAUGAAGAUGGCGGCAUCAAGGAGAAUUACAGGGAACAGGACAUAUAUCUUCCCAUUGCUAAUGUGGCUCGCAUCAUGAAAAACGCCGUUCCUCAAACUGGAAAGAUUGCAAAAGAUGCCAAAGAGUGUGUGCAGGAGUGCGUGAGCGAGUUCAUCAGCUUCAUCACGUCCGAGGCGAGCGAGCGCUGUCACCAGGAAAAGAGGAAGACCAUCAAUGGGGAGGACAUCUUGUUUGCAAUGUCCACUUUGGGCUUUGACAUGUACGUGGAUCCGCUGAAGCUUUACCUGCAGAAGUUCAGAGAGGCAAUGAAGGGGGAGAAGGGAAUGGCAGGUAUGUCAGGGGGAGAAGGCCUGAGUGAGGACCUCUCAGAGGACAGCUUCACAAAUCCACUGCCAGCCGGGAUUAUCACAGCAGAUGGUCAGCAGCAGAAUGUUAUGGUGUACACCACUUCAUAUCAACAGAUUCCCACUGUACAGCAGAUCCAGUUUUCAUGACGAGGCCUCACUCUCCCAGCCUGAGCACAGCGGCUCCGCGCAGAGCUCCACUCACCGGAUGACCUGUGACCCGGCCACUGGGUAAAGGGUAUCAGACAGAGAACAGGAGGCAUCUGCAGAAUCCCUCAUGUACAGAGAAGUCACUACCUGUUUAGUAGAAAGUGUAGUUUCUAGUUUCAAGGUUCCAGAUGUUUUGGAGAGCUUCCAAAGCAGCUGGAAAAUUCAAGGCUUUAUUUUUAAGGCUAGUCUUCAUACAUGAUUUAGUGGUGGAAUUCUUUUUUUGUGCGUGUUAAUGUGUUUGCUUUUAUGCAUCUUUUUUCUGGGGCAGGGGCUGGAAUAGAGGGGUUACAAAGGGAAAUGUUGCAUUGGAUGCUUUUUUUUAAUGUCUUCUCUGUUUGAAUCAAGAGGAGCCAUGUUGUUACUGUCAUAAUAGAUGAUGCAGCUCUUUUGUAAGUUCACAGUUUACCAUGUGCUUUAAUGUCAUAAAAAUCCUUUGAAUAAAAAUUCAAAAGUGA